AAGGAGCAAGGAGGAACACUCGCUCAGUGACUCCACCUCACCCCUUUUAUGGUACCCCACCAUUGUUCCUUGACCCUCUCAUUCUUGGUUCUCAAUUCUCUUUCUCAAUUACCGUUUUCUCUUUAUCGAUAAACCCAAACACAUGCGCACCAGAAAACACCCACAUCCUCCUUAGUCCUAUCCAUUAUCCACAUCCACGUACACACAACAACAACAAUUCACUACUUGUUUGAAGAAAACUCUCAACUCUGAAACACAACACACACACUCAGAGAGAGAGAGAGAGAGAGAGAGAUGGGGACGGGUGCGUCGAAGGAAGAGAACGGUGGCUCAGAAGAGAGCAAGGAGGAGCGUGAUAGAUUGGAGCAAGCAGGUGGACAGCUCUAUGUGUCUCUGAAGAUGGAGAAUCGCAAGCUCACUGGUGAACUCGUUCCUCAUGUCUAUGGCUCUGUUCCUCUCGUGGGGUCUUGGGAUCCUUCCAAAGCUCUUUCAAUGGAACGGGAAUCGGUGUCAAUGUGGGAGCUGAGUUUUGUUGUUCCACCUAAUCAUGAAACUUUGGAUUUCAAAUUCUUGUUGAAGCCUAAGUACAGCAAUACACCUUGUUUCGUUGAGGAGGGUGCAAACCGCCUACUCAUUGGAGGAGCUUUGCAGGAGGAUGCAAGGCUUGCAUUGUUUAAGCUUGAUAGCGGCGAGGUUCUUGAGUAUCAAGUGUUUGUUAAAGCAGACAGGGUUUCUCCAUUUGAUCUUGCAGCUAGUUGGAGGGCUUAUAAGGAGAAUUUCCGUCCUUCGACUGUACGUUGGAUGCCUGAUGUCAGCAUAAAUUCAGCACCUCAGACGGGCAGUGAUAAUUGCUCUUCUGCGGGUUUGGAACUUGAUCUUGAGCAUUAUGUUGUCCCAGCUCCCUCUGCAAAUUCAGCCUUUGCAUAUGCAGCUAACAUGACAGAGAAUCCAAGGUCACUAAUUAGUGGGCCUGGCAGCAGUUCAUUUUCCAUCAAGGAGAUGGAGGUUAUUGUGCCAGAUCCAUCUAAGGUGUUUCAAAGUUCUGGAACGGUUGAAUCCAAGUCAGUGGGAACGUUUUCUCCUCUGCAAAGGCAAGAGAGUCAGAGGGGACAUUUUGUUGAUAGAGGUGUUGGAUCUCCUAGACUUGUAAAAUCUUCUACUUCAAAUAUUUUCAGUGGUCUUAAUUUGGAUAAUGAUACCAAGAAUUCAAUGCCAGCUGCUGCUGGAGCUGUUGCAGCUGCAGCUGUUGCUGAUCAAAUGCUGGGUCCCAAGGAGGAUAGACAUUUGGCGAUUAUCCUGGUGGGUCUGCCAGCUCGAGGUAAAACUUUUACUGCAGCUAAACUUACAAGAUAUCUUCGUUGGUUAGGUCAUGAAACCAAACACUUCAACGUUGGGAAGUAUCGUCGCCUCAAGCAUGGAGCUAAUCAGUCUGCUGAUUUCUUUCGAGCUGACAAUCCUGAUGGCGUAGAGGCGCGCAAUGAGGUAGCAGCGUUGGCAUUUGAAGAUAUGAUAUCUUGGAUGCAAGAAGGUGGCCAGGUUGGGAUAUUUGAUGCCACAAACAGUAACAAGAAACGAAGAAACAUGCUUAUGAAAAUGGCUGUAGGAAGAUGCAAGAUUAUCUUUCUGGAAACAAUAUGCAACGAUGUGAACAUAAUUGAAAGGAAUAUUCGUCUUAAAAUUCAACAAAGUCCUGAUUAUGCAGAAGAGCCAGACUAUGAGGCUGGAUUGCAAGACUUUAAAAAUCGUCUAGCCAAUUAUGAGAAGGUUUAUGAGACAGUAGAAGAAGGUUCUUACAUAAAAAUGAUUGAUAUGGUCAGUGGACAUGGUGGACAAAUACAAGUGAACAAUAUCAGUGGCUACCUUCCUGGACGAAUUGUCUUUUUCUUGGUAAAUACACAUCUUACUCCACGCCCAAUAUUACUUACUCGGCACGGAGAAAGCCAGGAUAAUGUGAGAGGCAGAAUUGGAGGAGAUACAGCACUAAGCGAGGCGGGAGAAGUUUAUGCAAAGAAGCUUGCCAACUUUGUUGGAAAGCGUCUCAAAUCAGAACGGGCUGCUUCUAUAUGGACUAGUACACUGCAACGAACAAUUCUGACAGCAAGUCCAAUUGUUGGAUUUCCCAAGAUACAAUGGCGUGCCCUUGAUGAGAUAAAUGCUGGGGUUUGUGAUGGUAUGACAUACGAAGAAAUCAAGAAAAACAUGCCAGAGGAGUACGAGUAUGUCGCCGACUUAUCCCGCAACAAGGACAAGCUUAGGUAUCGUUAUCCUCGCGGAGAGUCUUAUUUAGAUGUUAUUCAAAGGUUAGAACCGGUAAUUAUUGAGCUUGAGCGGCAACGUGCACCUGUUGUUGUGAUAUCUCACCAGGCAGUUUUGAGGGCAUUGUAUGCUUAUUUUGCUGACAGGCCUUUGAAAGAAAUUCCACAUAUAGAGGUGCCUCUUCAUACGAUAAUUGAGAUACAAAUGGGAGUUACAGGUGUCCAAGAGAAAAGAUACAAACUAAUGGACUGAAAUGAAUUGAUGAAAAGUUCUCUUGCUAGUAUUGUGGCUCAUUAACCAAUUAUCAAUUUUCCUAUUUUAAUUUAUUAGCAAAAUGUAAUUAUUUUCCCACAAGUGGACUACAUUGUUAUAAAUUACCAUAAUAAAGGGAAGUCAUGCCCUUGAAAUUCAAUAUUAUUUCAUUUCACGUGUAAAUGACG